AGAACUGGAUUUGGAUUGCAAGCGGAAAGGACUUAUAGCUACUUACCAAUCCCCCGGUUCCAAGUUCUCUGCUGGGUUUACAGCAAGUCUUAUCUCUCUUAGGGCGCACGUACGUACGCCCGUGCCGUACGACCACGUACGUACGACCAUCGCCCUGACGCGGGCGAGUUCACACAGGCAGAACUGGAUUUGGAUUGCAAGCGGAAAGGACUUAUAGCUACUUACCAAUCCCCCGGUUCCAAGUUCUCUGCUGGGUUUACAGCAAGUCUUAUCUCAUGUGAUAAGUUCAACGAAUAAAGCACCAUGAUGCAGAUGUGGUUUAUCUUCAAAACAACUGCAACAGACCUUCUGUUUCAAGGAUGGGAUAUCACGACAAAAUGGGAUUUUGCCUUGUCCUGUCUUCUCUUUGCCUUCGCUUCAGUCCUCCUGGAGGUGUUGGCCACUCUCAGUACUUACCUGACCCGGCGCUAUACCACUAACCCUCUGGAAAUGAACUGGUCCUCCCCUAUUAAUGGACGAUCGCCUCUCCUAGCCCCCUUACAGAUACCAAGCAGUGUAUCCAAAGUUAAGCAACGCAGGUGUCGGAUUCACCUUGGUCGGACCAUCGUCCACAUUGUUUCAGUCAGCCUGGGCUACAUUGUAAUGUUGGUUGUCAUGACUUACAACGCCUACUUCCUCAUCUCCAUUGCUGCUGGGUCUGCGUUUGGCUACCUUCUGUUUGCCCCGUUCAGGAAACGCCCCAAGAAAAGGCUGCCCCCUAUAGACAGACGGGCCCAGAGGGAUAGCUUGACCAGAAGUGGGCAGAUGGAUAUGGGUGAUGAGACAGGUGGUGCAGGAAGCGGGGCAGGUAGUGGUGCUGAGGGAUCUACUAGAGUCAAUUACUAUGGAACACUCUAGUAUUAAACAGAUCUAUAUGAAGGUCAUGUUACUUAAAGCAGAAGCAAUAGAUCAUGCGAUUGAUGAUUUCAUUGAUCAUACACAAUAAUCAAUGUAAUCAAUCAAUCUUGAUCAAUUGCAAAGGUUUAUGUUACCGGCCCUGGUCACCAUUUGCUUGAAGACCUCUGUCUAGAUGAUAACCUAACUUAUUUGCCACUUUGAACCAAAAAAGAAGUUUGGUUGGAAGACAAAGAUCUUUGGAUGAUUUUGUCUUGGUAUUGGAGUUGAAAGCAUGAAUUAAUUUAAGCUGAUGAAUGAACUCCAAUACUGACUGUCAGUGUUGAAAAUAUGUGUAAUACAGUCAAGUUAGGUGUUUUGGGGAUGUUUCACAAAUAGUUAGGUGUGACUCUGUGCAUGAUCUUACCAAUGCAUGGACACCUUUAUACCGCACAAACCUGGCAAAUUAAGUGCAAUUCUAAGUCACUCUUAUCUCUUGAUGAAACAGCCCUCUGGUUUGUGCUGGUUUGUGCCAUAGCACCUAAAAAAAUCUCAACAUAACACUUGAAACUACCUAUUUAGAUUUCAAAUCAAGCGUAAUGUGGUGUUACAAGAAAUUGGAGUUGCAAUUGAAUGCAAAUCAACUACAAAUUUCAAUUCAUUCAAAGGACUUGCACUGGAUUUUUAGCUUGAAACUUGAUUUGAAACUGAACAUAAAUUCCUUUGUAACACCCCAUAUUUGAACAGAUUUCUGUGUACCAUACAGAUAGGAUUUAUGCAGAUUCUACUUCCAUAUUCAAGGCACCCAUAACAAAGGUUAGCAAUUAAUCGUUCGCUUGAUUUUUAUGAUCGAUUAUACAUUGUAGUCAAUGCAAUCAAUCGUAGAGAAAUGUUCUACGAUCGUUGCUAAACAUUGUGUGACAGGCCCCAGGUCAGUAAGCAUAUGGUACAAAUACUCCCAGGGAGUGGAAAUGAAUGGGACAGCAGUCAUGUAGUUCUAAAGAGAUGAGUAUAUAGAUUGUACAUAAUUACAGAUGUUUAUAUUUAAAAUGAUACAACUGAAACUAACUUGUGCUAUUAAAAUUUGGUCAGUAUAAUUUCAGUGAUGAAUGUGAGCCAAGUGAUUGCUUAUGAUUGAGUGCUUCCAGCUGAAAUGCUAUUGUAUUUGUAUAGUUCUAAAUACAUUAUAUUUCUAUUUGAAGUGGGUAUAAAGUCCAAUGGGUUGGGUCAGAAAAAUUAUAAGAUGUCCAUGUAACGUCGGUAUCAACUAUUCUAUUUUUUAGUGAAGAUAAAUUCAGAUUUGGUUUCUGGAUUUUUAGAAGCCUCUUUUUUUUAUUAAUGUUACAUGGACGUCACAUUCAUUUUUCAUUGGCAAUAAAUUUUCAGGUCUGAAGUGGCAACACAUCAUGCUGUUUAAUAAGUAAAUCUUUGUGGUUAUCAUUUUUUGCUGUAGUAAUCAUUGGAAGAUAUUUACCUUGCUUAAAUGAGGCAUGGUUUGGGGCUCUGGGAGGUCACUAAAAUUGACCCAACCUGAUGGACUUUCCAAAAUGCAAGAUGAACAGAGGAAAACUCUCGUUUUGGGCUUAAGUUUAAUUGUCUUACCUGCAUAGCAGAGCAAGACUAUAGGCACCGCUUUUCCGACGACGACGACAGUGGCGGCAACUGCGCCGUCGUCAACAUUGAAAUCUUAAACAAGGUCAAGUUUUUUAAACAUCAUAACUUACAAAGUAUAUGGACCUGGUUCAUGAAACUUGGACAUAAGGUUAAUCAAGUAUUACUGAACAUCCUGCCUGAGUUUCAGGUCAUAUGACCAAGAUCAAAGGUCAAAUAGGGUCAAUGAAGUUAGACCAUGUCGGGGUAUCAGCAUCAAAACCUUAACCAAGGUUAAGUUUUUGAAAUGUUAUAACUUUGAAAGUUUAUGGAUUUAGUUUAUAAAACUUAAAAUUAAGGUAAGGGUGUAUCAUUUAGCAUCUUGCCCGAGUUUCAGGUCACAUGAACAAGGUCAAAGGUCAUUUAGGGUCAACAUAGUUUUUCAUUAUCAUAUGAAUCAUGUUUUUUAUAUAUAAUUAUUCAAUAGUUGUUUUAGAAGUCAAUACUGCUGCUAUAUUGAAUCAAGUACAGUAAUGCAGGCGAGACUGCCAGAGGCAUUCCACCUGUGUUGAAACUAUUUUCUUCUGUAGGAGAGCAUGUAAUGUGUUAUAAUAUUUUUAGGUUAUAACCCCUUCAUUUUGAUACCUGAAUAUGUUAGUUUGAGAAUAAUCUGAAUCUAUCAUACUUUGAGUUUGAUAUCAAGAAGAAACUAUUUUCAAAGGGUAGAGUAAAAUUAAGUAAAUAAUUGAUAAUGAAAACAAUAUAACUCUUCUGUAUUACUUCCAGUUCUCAUUAUAGUCAUUUUGAUUUCCUUGUUUGAUUGGAAAACAAUGGUUUAAAUUUAGUACUUAAAAAUGUUGUAAGCAUAUAUGCAUAUAAAAAGAACAAUAUGAAUGUCUGAAAUUGUAUCCAUAUGGCGUAAUUUUUAAAAUAAUGACUAUAAGUAUUAUUAUAAAGCGAUAUUUUAUAUCCAAUGCUUGAUCCUUCCAACUCUCAACAUAAACGUCUUAUGCUCAGAAUUUAUUUUCAAAUCUACAUGUAUUUCCUGUUGCUUUGAUAUCUUCUCUGCUUGUUUACAGUUUAAAGACUUUCAAUUUUGAACUUUGUGUUGUGUCCCUGUAGACAUCACUAAUUCACUGUAAAAUGUAUAGAAUGAUAUCAGUCUUUGUGAUCUCCACAGUACCGGGUAGUUGGUAAUAGCAGUGGCACUUUAUAAUGUUGAAAAUUGUGUACAGCAUCGGUGAAUUUAUUGUGCAUUAUUGUAAAAUCAAUGAGGAAUAGCUUUGUAGACAUUUUUGAAAAUUAUUCAUGUCAAUACUGACUGAUUUAAUACCAAUUGUAGGAAAAAGAUUUAUUAAAAGUUUUCUGUUCGAUUCAAAUGAUCUCUCUUCAUUUAUCUGUGUGACUUAGACCUAUAUAUAUCUGACAUUUUCAACCUUUUAAGCUUCAGCAAUAUUGAAUGAAUUUGCUUUCUAACACUUUUAGACUAGGAAAUUCAAUACACAUGAAUUUAAAGCUAAAAUCUUACUAAUAGAAGUAAUGUUUUAAUGUGAUUUAGGACAUAAUUCUGUUUUAGAACAUUCAGAGAAUGGUAUCUGUUAGGCUGUGUUGACAGUAUGGCUGGUAUGUAUCUUGUUAUAAUAUCUCCUAUGAAUGCUAUAAGUUACAUACACAUGUACAAUGAGAAAAUGUUGUAGAUUUAUAUGCAAGAGAAUAUUCUCAAAUUGUGUUGAAUUUUACCAAAUCAUUUAUUUUGGCACUGGUUCAUUAAUUUCACCUCUUGUUUAAGUUCAAGUUUUUUCCCAACUUGUGUCAGAUUUGUAGUUUACAGAAUGCAUAAUCUACAAUUUUCAUUGAACAUCGGUGAAUGCCUGUAUAUAUAUUUUCAUAUUUUUAUACAUCAAGUCUUUAUCUUUUUUAUUUAAAUCAUCAUGCUUUGUAUAUUUACUUUUGUCAUACAGUUUUACAUCUGUAAUAUUUUUAUUUCGUUGAUUAUUGAAAGAAUUUCAGUCAGGAUGUCCACUGUAUUUGAUUAUGUUGAUUAUUGAAUAACAAUUUAACAGAAAUCUAUGUGUGAAUGAUCAGAAUUCAGUUUUGUAGUGAAGCAGUGAAGUUAGAUAUGAUAUUGUCUUUGAAAAUUUCAUCUAUCAUGAUUAUCAUCCUUUAAAUUCAGCAAAUUUAACUUUACAAUAUUGCUGCUAUAUCUGUAAUUUUGAAUUAAUUAUGGUGCAAUAAAAUAAGGAAAAAUAAAUCUGAAUGUGUCAUUUGUUAAUCAUUUACUCAAGGCAAAAUACAUGUUCUAAUAAAUUCAAAAGGACUAUUGAAACUAUACUGCACACAGUUGAACCUAUGUGACAUGUUUCACAUUAAAUUUCAUUACAUGUCAGUAACA